UCUGUGAAUCAGGAAAUACAUUGAUGUUAGUGAAAACAGUCCCUCCUCUGGCGUAGUUUGACCGCGGUUUGUGGUGACCACGGCUUUCACAACAUCAUCACCACUUCUCCGGGUAUCUCCUGUCCGUCUAUGGCUAAUUCAACCGCAGACACGCGGGGUCAGACUACAGCUGAUGGAAAAGGUGAAGCAGGGAUAAACCACACGGAAUACAUCGCCUUCAUCCUGGUGCCUGCUUUCUUCCUUUUGGGCCUGUUGGGGGUGGUGAUCUGCCACGUGUUGAAGAGGAAGGGCUAUCGCUGCACCACUGAGGCCAAUGAUGAGGAGCAGUGUGAGGAGGAAGAAAAGGAUCCCGAGCUGGGCGGAGAAAUGAAUGACACCCUCAGUGAAAACAACGACACCGUCGGGCAGAUAAUCCACUACAUCAUGAAAAAUGAAGCAAACUCGGACGCCCUGAAAGCCAUGGUUCAUGAUAUCAGCAUUGACUCUGAUGGUCCUCCGCUCACCCCCACCUCUCCCGGCACCCCUCCGCUGACUCCCAUAUCACCCGGCGCGCCCCCGGGAGCUGCUAAACACACCUGCAGCCACCUGCACACCAUCGGCGGCCUGGGCGGGCAUAAGAACAUCUGCAACCGCUGCAGUCACAAGAAGUGGCCGCUUAUGAGGAGGCUGUCUCCCCGCAAGGUGGAGCAACGCCGCAGCCAACACGGAGAGGUCACGGUCCUGGCUGUGGGCAGGUUCCGGGUGACGAAGUGUGAAAAACCGACCCGGGAGAGGCGGACGCUGCUAAUAAUGGACUCUAAUGGGAGCGUUCCCUCGUCUCCCACGGCGCUGGAGCCCAAGAGCCGGACGACGUCAGAGUCCCAGCAGGAACAGACGGACAACUUGGACAAAGAGAACCGAUAGCAGUCUGGAGGAUCCAGAGGAGAGAAGACAACACCUGGACAAAACAAGAACAUUCAAACAUCAGCGCUGGAGGAGUGAAGUCCACCAGGGGAGUUGUCCCCUCCACAUUCCUGCUCCACGGGGAGCCAAACGUGCUGCUGAGGAUGAGGACGACGGUGGCGAGAGUGACAUUACAGUUGCACCAGCCAGUUAUUUCACAAGCAGUAAUGAAGAAUGUGAGAUACACUCUAUUUCCUCUCAAAAUAGAUUUACAAUAGUGCCUUACUCAUUGGCGUUUAGGCACGGCGGCUGCUUAAUGUCAAGGAAGCCUGGACCGGGGCUUUCCCGAUGAACUAAGGUCUUGUUGCUCAAUAUGCCGAUGAUGUGUGUACAUAUGUUUUUGUAUGUGGAAAGGUAACCCAGAAUUUUUGUAGCUCAUCAGUCAGUUAGUUGAUCGAACUACACCCCAGAGACGCACACAGCCAGUCUGAGAUUAAAUUGGACGCUUAAACCUGCAUCCUGAGACCGGUCAGUCUGCACCACCCUUCAAGGUCUCGUACCAGAUUUUCUAUUUCUUAUUUCCCAUGUGUCAAUUACGUAUAAGUAAAUAUCUAAAUCCUGUUUAUUUUAAAUUUUAGUUUUUUAACAAGUUAUAGUAACAUAAACAUAAAGUUGUUUUCGGCUAAUGUGUUGGCAAACAUUUGCCUGUUUAAACAUCCAGCAGACAUUGAGCAACAUUAGCUUUCAUGACCUCCUGGUGAGCUGCGGCGUUCACUCUUCUUUUAGCUUUGUUCUGGUCUCAACGUUACCAGACAGAGAAUGUCUUAUGAAAAGAUGCAUUGUGGGAAAUGUAGGACUAAGAAAAGUACAAGUCAUUAUAUCUCAGGCUUUAAGUUUAAUUAAUCACCCUUUUAAAAAAAAUCGGUCUAAUGUGAGUACUUUUAUGGAAGUGCGAUACUAAAGUACCUUUUAAAGACUCUCAUGAACAUCCAAAUAUAUCGUUUCCCCCAAAUCUUGAUCAAAACAUAUAAUUUUAGGCAUGUCUUUUUUCAUUUGUCAUUUCACAUGUCAUUUCAUUGUGCCUAAUUUCUUUAAAAAAAAUAAAAUAAUAAAUACGUGUUUUAUAUUUUGGUUUGCUGUGUUUCUAUCCUUGUAUAAUAAAAGAAAUAAAGAGGACUAACGCAUGUCAAACCAUAAAUAAUUAGCUUUAUUGUUGUCAUUGUUGUAUACUACUAGUAUUCCGCUAACGUGCGGGUUAUCGUCUCCCUCUCCUCACUCAUGCGAGUGAACCAUCUGUCUUCAUAUUCUAUUCUUUCUCAUCUCCUUCUCUCACGUCUGCGCCCUCCUCGCUCCUUCUCGGGCCGUUUUUCGCGGCGUAAUUGAAAAGAUGAUUUGUCUUAUUCAUCUCGACCAGGUAUAGUCUGACGACCUCGGGCUCUCUAUCAUAUUAUUUCCAGUUAAUGGAGAUGAGAUGGAGAGAUGUUUCCAGCUUUAACAAUCCUUGACUUGUUUUGUCUUCUCUUGACCUUCCGAGUCUUAUCCGGUUCACUCACGGAGGAUACAGAAGUUUCUGACCUUUUACAAUAGACGACCAGAAAAAAAAAAGAUAAAAAUCUGUUAACCAUUUUAGUGAAUAACCAAAAUUAACUUCUCUUACCAGCAAAGGAUGCGAUUAAACAAGUUUUCUGAGAGACAUAUGGCUGCCGCUGGUGUCACUUGACAGCGCUGGAGGGAGGAUUGACUCAAAACAUUAACAUGCAGUGGAAAAAACCACAACCCUGAUAACACACAAGGAGACGUCACCACACCCACCCAUGACUGCAAGCUCAAUGCAAACCUGCCUUUCAUAAACACACACAAAACAGAGGCAAGCUAGGGGUUUUAAACCUGUCAGACGGAUGCGGUUGACAGUGCAGGACAUGAAUAAGCAGCACGAGAUGCCGGUGUAAAUAUUGACUCCAGUUGCAUGCAUGCGUGUUUACUUUAGCUCUCUCUCUCUGUCUCCGGGUGAGGGUGUCCCCAGUGUUAUGAAAAGUUCCUCACACUCCAUUAAAGCCGCCAAAAAUUACCCUCAGGGAAAUAAGGUAUGCAUAUAAAAGCGGUAUAGAUAAUAUUAAAGCUCCGUUCCGUCUCUUUUGCAUGACUUCAUAAGCAGUAAAUUUAUCUCGGGCUCUGAAUUAUUCAGGCCUCCAGGCGACAGGGUUCCCAGGCCGAUGCCGGGCUAAGUGCCCCGCAUCUUAUCUUUGUCCCUGGAUAUCAGCCAAGAGGAUGGAGCUCUGGCUCAGGUAGGGAAUAUUUUUUUAGGGAAAUAUUUGGUACCAGAGGGAGGAAGUCUAGUCAAUGUUUAACACCUUCUGAACUACAUCAGGUCCCGUAAACGCAGUGACCUUCUAGAAUGGCUCACUGCCUUUCUUUGACUCAAAUAGUGUGUUUCCAGUGUGCUUUUACGCAUGUCGGCAAUAACUUGGAAAAGGGCUUACGCAGUAUCUUAACCAGAGUUAAAGCAGCACUGUGUAACUCCUGAAAGCACAAAUAGGACAAAAGUUGAACUCCUAGCAAUCAUUACACUCACUGGUUUUGCUACUAUGUCCACAGUUGGUCUGGUGUGACCAGCAGCUUGCAGGUUGUUGCCUAUUUUUUUUUAGCUAAUGAUCUACUCUACUUCCCUACUGUAAUAACCUUUUCAACAGAUUGUAAUUCAAGUGGUACUGCAGAGUAGGCAGUUUUCUGGAAAAGCAAGGGAAAAUGCUGCUAAAAGUCAACAUCUUCUCCAUCUCUGUUGUCAGAAUCUCUUUUUGAUAAUAAUUUGGCAAUGCUGGAAUAGCAACUUUCCUGCAGGAUAUUUCACCGUUGAAUCCGGCUCCCAUCGGAGGGAUGUGCACGUGCAUUGUCAACAGUAAAGCCCUCUCUCUGAAGUGACCUGUGAUUGGCCAAAGUCUGCCGUCACAGGCUAGAGCUUCUAAAGCCUGAAAGUUGUUGUGGAAUUUUUACCCAAUGACGCCAAAAGUAUCCACCCUACCCCAGCUUUGAGCUUUGUUACUUCAGUUUCCAGGUUUAAUAUUUAACCAGAGAGAACACAUUAGCCAAUUUCCAGGGCCAAAUCCCAAACCAGGUGGGCUAUUUUUUCUCAGACGUUUUAAUGUGGAAAGAUACCAUUUAAUGUUGACACUGAUUAAUGGGGUUUCAGGGCGGAAAGAAUCGGUAGAAUAAUCCAGUUUCACGUGGAUAUUUCCUCUUUAAAUACAGUCCUGCAAUUCCCCUGAGACAAGGAAGUGUGUGUGUGUGUGUGCCACAAUUAAGGGUGACAUCAUUAACUCCAACAAAGCCUUGAGAAAAACAAACAUACCAGGCGCACACACCUCGGGGGACUGUCUACAGUCGGCUGCCGAAUGGACCUAAUGAAGACAACAUGAAGGAAUCUGACACACAAGUGCUCUUUAUUUGCCUCCAUUUACAUUCAACGUGCAGCAGGUUGUGGCACAAAUUAGCUUGUCGCAAAACUACUUUUGUGCUGUUAUCUUGAGGUGCGGUGAGGUGAAUUGAUUGCCGCGAGUCACUGGGAUGACAGCAGCAGUGAGAGGUAAUUUAUAUAAUGGGAAACAAGAUCGAAAGGUGAACUCCAUUUCCUGCUUUCAUACAGGGAUGUCAUGGUUCAUUCACUCUGUUUUUUGUCCCUCACACACAAGCGGCAAUUAUACAUGCACAUCCCUUUUUUUGUGAUUAUCCUGCUUUCAAUUAAGUUCAAAUAUUAAAGGGUAAUAAGUCUGGUAAUAUAUUAAAAACAAUCUCCAUGAAAAGACCAAAACCAUCAAUGCAGCUAUCCUGCUAAAAAUCAAACCUCUGAUCUUACAAUGACGUCAAAUGAAAUACGUGAAACCUCACAUUGUGGCUCAUUGAUGUGUUUUUUAAUUCAAUACUGAGAAUACCAAAAAAACAUAAAAUCUUUAAAAAGUAAUUAGGCACAUUAAGGAAGGCAUCCAGGUGUUUAAUCAAGACGCAAAGGUGUCAGACUUUAGACAAUCAUCCAUCAAAUAAUGACGUCAAACACAGCACACUUGUGCGUGUUCGUGCCAAUAUAGAUGGAAAAUGUAGUUCAUAGUUGCUGUUGCCCAAAGCUCAUAUGAAGCUCCACGGAUACA